GGAAUGAGGAAAUAGAAUCCGGAGAAUAGCAUCUGCUGGGUCGGGUCUGGAUCGGUUUCCGAGUCAGCUCGGACCUAACCUCAAUAGCAUCUUUUGUUUAUCUUUUAUCCACCCCGACUUUCUCAUUUGGUCGAUCAGGUGAAGCUCAGAAGCUGAAAGUUUGAAGCAGCUCGGACCUAACCUCAAUAGUCUUAGCACAGGUCCAAUAUGGAGCAGCGGAAUUCCAAACCCAUUCGCUGCAUAGUCAAACUCGGAGGAGCAGCCAUUACAUGUAAAAAUGAGUUAGAAACCAUACACAAGGAGAACCUAAUAAUAGUUUCAUCACAGCUCAGGCAGACUUUGAUGUCUGGUUCUGCUUCUUCGAGAGUUGUCGGGAUGGACUGGAGUAAAAGGAUUGGGUUCUCUGAACCACCACUUCUUGAAAGCGAUUGUAGUGAUCAACCAGUUGUUGAUUCUAAGACUUUUGUUGUUGUUCACGGGGCAGGUUCUUUUGGGCACUUCCAAGCAAGCAAAUCUGGCGUGCAUAAAGGUGGGUUGGGCAAACCUAUUGUCAAGGCUGGUUUUGUUGCUACACGAAUUUCGGUUACAUCUCUCAAUCUUGAAGUUGUCAGAGCUUUAGCAAGAGAGGGUAUUCCUUCUAUUGGAAUGUCUCCAUUCUCGUGCGGGUGGUCAACUUGUCAAAGAAAUAUGGAAGAAGCUGAAAUCUCAAUGGUGAUUAAUGCUAUUGAUGCUGGUUUCAUACCUGUUUUGCACGGAGAUGCAGUCCUAGAUAGUUCACAGGAAUGCACCAUAUUGAGUGGGGAUGUGAUCAUACACCAUUUGGCAGCAAAGUUGAAGCCAGAAUAUGUUGUUUUCCUUACAGAUGUUAGUGGCGUAUAUGACCGCCCACCUACAGACCCUGAUGCCGUACUUCUUCAAGAAAUUGAUGUGUGCGAAGACGGGAGCUGGUAUGUGGUGAAGCCAGCAUUAGUAGGUGCAAGCAAGCCCGAAUUUACUGUAGCUUCCCAUGACACAACUGGUGGUAUGGUUACCAAAAUAUCUGAAGCUGCAAUGAUUGCAAAACUGGGAAUUAAUGUAUUCAUUGUAAAGGUGGGAACUGAACAUUCACUCCGUGCAUUAGAUGGGAGUCUCAUGGGCGAAAUUCCCAACGAUUGGCUCGGAACAGCUAUCCGACGUGUAAGAUAGAAGAUGCCAAUCUAAAUGCUUUUCAGUUCAUAAUGCAAUAUUAUCCUAAGCCGUUUGGGUUGAGCUACAUGAUGUAGCCGUAAUGGAGACUAGGAGAAAUGGAGAGAAUAUGGGGAAAUUUUGAAAACUUUGGGGUUUGCUUCUGCUGCACGUGUGAAUAAUGAACCUGCUCUUUUUCUUGAAGGCUGGCAUUGAGCCCAACAACAGCAAAAAACAAGAGAGCAAAGGGAGCAUGGAUUGUAGCUUUUAAAAAUUGUUUGAAUGCAGCUACUUUAGUAAGUUUGAAUAUCAAUAUCAGGUCAAACUAAACAAGUUGGAUGUCUAGCAAACACAGGUAUUUCAUAAAUAUCAUUGAUGGAUAGUGUACCCGGGGGUAAUUUUUUCGAGGGAUAUUAUAAGAAUAUCAAGAGAGAGGUCAGAGCAAUAAGUAAGAGAGGGGGAGAGUAGGUGUAUAUUAUAAAUGAGCUUAAGAUUCAGAUCUGGGAUCCUUUACAAUGAAGAAGGGGUUAGCUAUUUAUAGCAGCCAUAGAUGUUAGGUGCAAUAAGUGAGGGUACACGUGGUAAGUAAUCAGCGGCGGAGAGUCGACUCAGCCAGGGUGGCGUCGACGCAGCACGUGGCACCGCAUUCAAUGCGGUGGUUGGAGUCAACUCCGCAUUUAAUGCGGUGAUUUAGAGCAUGUGGAGAGGAGAUUCUGUCGAGGAGAGUGCCCUCGGCUACAAGCACCCGAGGCUGCAUGUGCUGAAGGCUAUGUAUGAGCUGAAGGCUGCUUGUGCCGAAGGACGUACGUUCCCUGGGGGCUCAUGUGCUGGAGAACGUACGUCCCAUGGGGGCUUCCAUGUGCUGGAGGACGUACGUCCCCUGGGGGCUUCCAUGUGCUAGAGGACGUACGUCCCCUAAGGGCUUCCAUGUGCUGGAGGACGUACGUCCCUUAGGGGCUUCCAUGUGCUGGAGGACGUACGUCCCCUGGGGGCUUCCAAGUGCUGGAGGAUGUACGUCCCCUAGGGCCGUACGUAGCUGGAGAGGACCGUCAUGUGCUAGAGGCCGUACGUAAUUGGAGCUCUUCAUGUAUUAGAGGCCGUACGUACCCAGGGCCCUUCAUGUGUUGAAGAACGUACGUCCCCUGGAGCCUUUAUGUUCUGAAGGACGUACGCCCCUGGAGCAUUCAGGGCCCUUGUUUGUUGUGUUUGGGCCGCUCGGGCUUGUUGGGCUUGAUUGUAGUAGUGGAAGUAUGUGGAUUGGGGGUUCUUGG